AUGUCAAUACCCAUCCUCAACCUAUCCUGGGCAUCCGAUCCGACAUUGAAGCCUGGAUUGCUACAGCAUUUAAAGGCGGCCUUGUUCGAUGUUGGAUUUCUGUACAUCACCAACCAUGGCGUCGAGCAGCAAACCAUUGAUAACCUCACGGAUCUGCUGCCGGACCUGUUUGCUAUAUGUCCAGAAGAUAAGGCUAAGAUGAGCAAGCUGAACAGUCCUCAUUUCCUGGGAUAUAGUGGCUUCGCCGAGGAGAGAACGAUUGGGAAGCCGGAUCUCAGAGAGCAGUUCGACCUGGCUACAGAACUACCUGUUGUUUAUCAUGACCGGGACUUCAGCAAGCUAUACUGGAGACUACGAGGACCGAAUCAAUUUCCACCUGAAGAUGCAGUCCCCACCUUCCGUAGGGCUUUCACCGAGUACCACGAUGCUGUCCAAGAGCUAUCGUACCGCUUUGUUCAUCUGGUCGAAGAGGCAUUCGGGAUCCCCGUGGGAACAUUCGAUCACUUCUUCGGCAGACAAGCUGCAAAGGCCAGCCAGCAGACCGGAGAUUUUCUUCCACCUCAACACCGCAUCAAACUGCUCAGGUACCCUCCUUCAGACCAAGAGGAUGGUGGUCAGGGUGUAGGUGCCCACAAAGAUUCUUCCGGAUGGUUGACCUUCCUUUAUCAAGUUGGCGACGAGCCGGGGCUGGAAGUGCUUUCGUCGACAGGAAAAUGGCUGCCUGUGAGGCCCAUUAAAGGGAGUUUCGUGGUCAACUUCGGCAAUGCAUUCGAUGCGGCGACUGAGGGUGCGGUCAAGGCGACUAUACAUCGUGUGAUCUCACCAGGACCAAGAAGCAACGUGAGGUACUCGAUACCAUUCUUCCAAGGUUUACCGCUAGAUAUGUCCGUAUCAGAAGUCCGCAACUACGUCCCAGAAUCAGUACGACGAAUGCGGAGAGAAACUGGACGAACGAACGAUGAGACGCAGAGCUUUCUCGACCCACGCUGGGACAGUCUAGGGGAGAGCCAGCUGCGAAAAUGGAUCAGAAGUCACAAAGAUGUCGCUCUCAAGCACUACGGACAAGAAGCUGUUAACUACUAUACCGCUGCCGAUUAA